AGUGUUCUGGUGUCAUUUAUCCUAUAAGGAUUAGUACUUUCGAAGGACAGGCCAAAAAUGCGUCUUCUACUCUUGGCAAUAUUACUUCAUAUAACGCUAGCAAAAGCGAUAAACGGGUACCGUUUGCCAGAAACCCAAAUCCCGUCUGAAUAUGAAAUUGAUCUUUAUUUAUCAAAUUCAGUAUUCCAAGGGAAUGAUACCUCUUUCAAUGGAUCCGUCAUGAUUAAAUUCCAGGUGACUAAGAGCACUAAUCAAAUCAAAUUGCAUUCUGCAGUGACCAUCCAUCAAGUGAGAUUAUUACAAGAAGUCGUUUCUGUCCUGAACUACACUCUAAAUUCAACAACAGAAAUUCUGACUAUUGAUCUGACGACACCUUUGAACAGUUCCACUGAAUAUGCCCUAGUCGUAGAAUACACCGGUCAACUUGACACAAGCAACAUGCUGGGCUUUUACAGAAGCCAGUACAAAGAUCCCUCAGGUACCACAAAAUAUUUGGUAACGACCCAGUUUGAAUCAACGUAUGCGAGAAAAGCAUUUCCAUGUUUCGACGAACCUAGAUAUAAAGCUACAUUUGUGCUCACAAUCACAUAUCCCAAAGGACUACAGGCUAUAAGUAACACACCUAUCAGUACCGAAUCUUUAGUUAAUGGUACCGACAAUAAUACUAUUACAGUAUUCACUAAAACGCCAUUGAUGUCGACUUAUUUGGUCGCCUUUACUGUAUCUGAUUUCAAUUGCACUCUUGGAGGGAAUGUCGACGAUAUUAUCCCUCAUCGGGUUUGCUCCAGACCAGAAACUACGCCUGAUAGGUCUUUAGCUGCGGAAUUCGGAACUAAAAUAAUGAACGCAUAUGGACAGCAUUUAGGAUACAAAUAUGGGGAUAUGAACAUUUCGAAGAUUGACCAACUGGCCAUACCCGAUUUCAAUGCUGGUGCUAUGGAAAACUGGGGAAUGGUAACAUAUAAGGAAUAUGCGUUGCUAUACAACGUGAAUCAUACCUCAAACUUAAUGAAGCAAAAGGUGAUAGCAAUCAUUGCUCACGAAUUUGCUCACAUGUGGUUCGGAGAUCUAGUAACUCUGGAUUGGUGGGACUACACAUUUUUGAAUGAAGGUUUCGCUAGAUAUUUCCAAUAUUUCAUACUAACAAAGAUUCCUGAAUUAGUCGAGUAUGAAAUGGACAAACAGUUUGUGGUCGAGCAACAACAAACAGCUUUUUUGGUAGAUGCCUUGAUGGAUUCCGACCCAUUGACGUCCAAAUCUACUACACCGUCUGAAAUCUCAUCGAAAUUUGGAUCAAUUUCCUAUAACAAAGGAGCUAGCGUUAUAAGAAUGCUGGAGAAUAUUAUGGGAAGCGAUAAUUUCACCAGUUCCUUGAAGGAUUAUCUGAGGCAAAAUGCCUUUUCUUCGAGUGUGCCUGAAAAAUUAUGGAACGUUAUGGCAAAUUAUACCCCCUCAGAGAAUUUGCCCUCUAAUGUUUCUUUCGCCGAAGUUAUUGAUAGUUGGUCGAACAGAGCCGGUUUUCCUUUAGUGACGGUGUCUUCUGUUGGCAAUGACAUAAUAUUGACACAGAAACGAUUUUCUUAUACCGAAUCUGACGAUACCCAGUGGUAUAUUCCCAUUUCAUUCACCCGUUCUGGAGAUGCAAAAAAAUUCGAUAAUGUUUCUGCAGAUAUCUGGAUGACGCCUAAUUCAACAUUUAGGAUACCCAAUGUUCUAGAUAAUAAUGAAUGGAUUAUUUUGAAUAACAAAGCUAGUGCCUAUUACAGAGUGAAUUAUGAUACUUCCUUAUGGAACAAGAUUCAAUUAGUUCUACAAAAUAACCACACUCUUAUCGAUAGAAUCAACAGAGCACAAAUCGUCGACGAUUCUCUGAAUUUGGCAAGAUCAAAUGAAAUUCGGUAUUCCGAUGCUUUUCAAACCUUAGCCUACCUAAGAUAUGAAACUUGUUACUAUCCUUGGUACUCAGCAAUCGAAGGCUUCAACUAUCUUCUGUUGAGAUUAGGAGAAAAUUCAGUGUUAGGCGAGAAAGUGCGGUCUAUGGUAUUAGAUCUCAUGGAAGGUGUGAAGACAGAUAUGAGUCUUGAGAAUGUCAAUGAUACCCAGCAUUUACAUACGCUCAAACUACAAAAGGUAUUGAAUCUUGCUUGUAAACUCGGAGAUGAGAGUUGUGUCAGGAUUUCAAAAGAGUUGUUCCGUGAUAACAAGAACGGGACUGUCAGCAUCAACAAGAAUGUUCGGUCUAUUGUUUAUUGUAAUGCAUUGCGAUACAGCGAUAACAUUGACUCUGACUGGGAGUACCUUUGGGGUAAACUGAAAACAACUACUCAAGCGAACGAACUAUCAAAUUUGAUCACUUCACUGGGAUGUACGAGGAGCACGGAACAUCUAAAACUUUAUCUACAACAAUCUGUGAAUGCCUCAUCUGGUAUCAAAAUACAAGAUCUGCCUGAUUUGUGGGCGUCAGUUUAUGGUAACUCAGCCGAAGGAGUGGAUGUUGCAUUCGACUUUUUGUCUGAGAAUCACCCCCAAAUAUACACCUAUUUUUCAAAGGCCUCGAAUCUUAUGCCUGCUAUAAUUGAAAGAUUCACUUCUGAAGCUCAAUUGAAAAAGCUUCAAGAAUUCAUCGAUAAACAACCUUCGAACUCGUCUAUUAGAUUGGCAUCAGAAAAAGCUCUCGCUAAAGCGCAAAGAAAUUUCCAAUGGGUAUCGAACAUAAAAGAGGACUUGGAACGUCAUUUUGGAAUAUCUCCUUCCGGUGCUACGGCAAUGAAAGUAACGAUGUACAUAAUGUUAUCAAUCAUCGUUUUUCCUCUGAUGAUCUUGCACUGAAUAGUCCACAUUUUUUUCUGUAUUAUUAUCUAUUUGAUUCCUCAAUGAAUUUUUCAGUUAUUCAUUUCAUGUGGGAUUGUGAAUGAAUAAAUCUAAAACUACUUUUUCGCUAAUUCAUCUAUUUAUCCAUUCAUUUAUUUAUUUAUCUAUUUAUUGUUGCACUGUUCUACAGGUUGAACCCAACUACAGAACAGGAAAAUGAGUAUAACUACUAUAAUACAGAUUUUCAUAGGCAUAGGCAAGAACUUAACUGGGAUAAAAAGAUUUAAUCGCAGAGAUCGAGCAAUGAAUGAUAUCUGGCUGAUUUUUUUUUUGAAGAAUGAGAAUAUUUCCAAAUACUUCCUAGUGGAUCGGAAGAUCCCAGGGUAGCACAUUGCGUCCAGAGGAUGACCUAAUUUGGUCAACAAACUGACCAGAUGACGUCCAAAAAUGACGUCUUGAAGACCUCGACAAGACGUCAAAAUGUCACAGCCAUAAAUCGUCAUAUUCAGACGUCAAAAUAACCUAUGAAGGAUUAUAGUAAAAAAAAUUUAAUCUAUGAAUCCAUACAUUGUAUGUGUCAAAGAUGACACCUAAAUCGGUAAAUGUGGCCGUUGAAGAGUUGUAUUGGAUUGAUUUUUGAGUGUAUA